AUGGGCUGGGGAAACACCCUGGUGAAGGGAUGGCGGCGGCAGUGGCCCAGGCAUGAAGGCAGGCACCUGGAGCCGGCGGCACGGCGAGGCACGGUGUGUAAAUACGCUGUCAGCCGCUCUCCAGCUGAGUGGCAUGAGCAGCCGAUUAGCCGCGCUCGCACCGGUGUUCAUGCAUAAUCUUACAGUUCCACCGUGCUCCCUCCGCCGCGCUCCCGCCAGUCUCCCCGUUACCUAACCUGUUCUAUCUCCCCUAAUCCACCCUCACUCAGAUAUACGCUCCCCUCGCCUCAUCAUCACAUGGCCAGGCACUGGGCAGCCCACCAGUACAAUGUAUAUGCAAAUACAGUACGUAGUACCUAGGUCAUUUUCAGGUGCUUUUGAUAUGUAUCCUCAUGUCACAGAUUAUUUAGCAUUCUCUCUCUCUCUCUCUCUCUCUCUCUCUCUCUCUCUCUCUCUCUCUCUCUCUCUCUCUCUCUCUCUCUCUCUCUCUCUCUCUCUCUCUCUCUCUCUCUCUCUCUCUCUCUCUCUCUCUCUCUCUCUCUCUCUCUCUCUCUGCUGCAUUGCUAUUUUAAUCCAUCUCAAUAUGUCCUGGUGGUCUUGGGCUGUACAGAGAUGGCUGGGCGGGGUAGGGAGGCUGGUUAAAGUAGCCUUUCCUUUCGAAGGCAGUGUUUACUUGUAGCCUUGGAGAGCUGGCUCCAUUCGUCAGGCGUCUGGGUCGAUGGGGCGUCUCUCUACGAUCGAUGGCACGCCUCGGCGAUCCCUCGCCUCCAUUCUCCCUCACUUCCAUCCCUCGCUCCGGCCAGCAAUGGCCCCUUAGCCACCUCCAUGCCACACACACACACACACACACUAGAAUACACACUAGAUUAGAACCCACACAGCCUCCCAACCAAUUUGUCUGUGCAUGUCAAAUCGCAAUAAUUAAGCAUUAUUGAUCUCAGAUUCAAUUAACUACAUUAACGCGGGUCAUGGUAGCGGCGAGUGGUGAGGGGGAGGAGAAGGGGAGGUAUAGGAUCUCAUCUGAGGGGAGGAGAGGGGAGGGACAGAGACAGGGUCUGGUGUUAUCUCAUAUUCUCCACUACCACACUGGCAGUGUCAGCUUAAGGCUACUAACCAUUCUCCUUCUAAUGAUAUAAUUUAGCAGAAAGGCCUACUGCUGUAUUGGAUGUAGCUACCUCCCAUUAUGAACGUGGGGUUUGGUGCUAUAUUUAGCAUCUUUCAUUACCAACCAACUAGGACUUCUUUCCCUUUCCAUCUUCACCUCGACACCUAAAGGUAUUCAUGGAACCUGUAGGUUUUCGCUCCUCUUCUCCAUUCUAACCAGGCAAAGUAAAUGAACUUGGGGGAUAUUUGAUUGGCUGCCAUGAUAAUUCACUCCUGCUUUUUUCAUUAAUAAAUGCUCCCAUGACACAGCCCUCGGAAAGAGACGGCUAACAAAGUGUCAUCUGAUAAAAUUCAUCUCGUGGUCUGUCUGAAACUGUCCCUCAAACCAAAACUGUGAAACUGAUAAAGGCAUGUGACUACACACACACACACACACACACACACACACACACACACACACACACACACACACACACACACACACACACACACACACACACACACACACACACACACACACCACACACACACACACACACACACACACACACACACACACACACACACACACACACACACACACAGUGUGUCAUACAUUCCACAGUUUUACUCAUAAACAGUUCUGUAAACAUACUGUAAUAGAGUGCCUGUGUGGAUGAUUUGCCUGUGAAGUGAUUAUGUAAUGAUGAUUAACUGGAUCCUAACAGCAUAAUUCUGGACUAAAAUGAACCCUUAAUGUUUGUAUUGACUUGUAUACAAUAUAGUCAACCAGAAUUGACCUUUUAUGGAAAUAACUUUUUCAGAAUAAUUUGCUACUGAGAUAUAACAGCAACUGAGUAAAUGUAUCAAAUGGUAGGCAAGAAGAGGGAUAACUGCAAACAAUUAAUUGAUAAUUCCUCAGGUUAAAUUUUCCCCCUAAAUAUCCCCAAAUUAUAUACAGUACACUAAUUGACAUUUUGAACUAACACGAUAUUACAUGGACAUGACAAAUAAUGGCAGUACAUUGGGGGUUCAGCGCUGGAUUGUUUGGAUAUGGAAUCCUUUGAUACAGAUAUAUUAGUUAUUUUGAUAAGUAAACUAAUCUCUCUGUGUUCCGAGGUCCCAAUCCCAAAAGCACACAUCUCUCCCCCAUUACAAAGAGCCAUUCUCAAUGGGUCUUCUCUCUUAAUAUCCCACUGAAAAUGAGAUCAAACUCUCUUCGUCGCUGCUGCCAAUUAAUUCAGAGGUUAUUUUCACUCGCUCUCCCUUCUUUUCCACCCAUCCCGUUUCCUAAUUAAAAGAGCACCUGCGUGGCGGAGUGUUUGGCCCUGCCUGCACCAGGGCUGAAAACUCAAUAUUGGAACACACAUCCACGGUCACUUUAGGGGCCCUGUGGCCUGGCGCCGGUCCAGACGCCUGUGAGAUGCUCCCUGUGUGGCCUCAGGUUUGAGGUCUUUCCAAGACCUCCCUCCUUCCUCUCUGCCUGUCUUCCCUCCUACCUCCACAUCUAUUCCUGUCUUUCUCUCUCUCUACUCUCUAUGCCUUAGGCUAAAAGCUGAGGUUCAAGUCAUAGUUGUGUACUGUAUGUGUUGCAUUACAUUCCAUCUCCAUAUGACUUUAAUGCAAGACACACAUAGACAAAUACAAAUAAAGGAAUCAUUCACACAAUCGCCUCCCUUUCGCUUUCAGUAUCUCUUUCAUUGUCAUUGUCACACACACACACACACACACACACACACACACACACACACACACACAAUGUUGGUUUUUGUCCUGUCAAGUUCAGGUCAAGGUUAGUGUUUCGUCUGGUUUGUUCACACUUGAGAGAGGGAGGUAGGAGGUUCAGUAGAAAAAUGACUUGGCAUUGGCACAGAGAGAGAUGCAUAUUGUUUUUGCCUCUCGCUGAAUUUGCAGUUGCACAUUUUAAUGACAUUUAAAUCAGUGUUGUAAUUAUGUUUUAGGUGAAGUAUACAUUUAUAUUUAGUGCGGUAGCAAAGGUUUCACUGCAGAUAUAUUGGCUUUGGUGUUAAAAUGACCCUCCCCAUGCCUUCCUUUCUCCCUGUGUUUUAAUUACAUUGAACAGCUUUAAGUCUGGGUUGUAUUUUGAGGAAGGAGAUUUCACAUGGGUGUUUGGCCUCGAUGUCAGUGCUGUUCUGACUGCUUCCUGAGCAAAGGCAUUGUUCUCUUAAACAGCUGUCGUUUUGACUGAUUCAGAACAGAUGGCAGUCUGCAUGUACGUGUGUGUGUGUGUGUGUGUGUGUGUGUGUGUGUGUGUGUGUGUGUGCAUUGCAUGAUCAGGGUUGCCUGUUGAGUUGUGUGUGGUAUUGGAUUACAUGUUAAGAUAUCCCGUCUUUUGCUGCUCAGUGUUCCAAUUGUGCUUUUCUGAGCAUCUGUUCACAAAAUGGCAGAUGUCCAUUAUAGAUGAUGAUGCAUCUAAAUGUAAAAGUUUCUAUUGUCUACUCUGGACACAAUAAUAGUGAAAUCCCUAAGACUUAUGUGACAAGUCGUAUACAUUCUUCAGAAAUGUUGUAACAUUUUAAGUAGAAAUGCUACCAAAAUAAUUGGCUGUAAGAAUACAUGUCCUUCUUGUUCAGGUGUUGUUUAACAAUGUAUUAUGUUGUAUACAUCCUAUAUACUAGUACACACGAGGUAACCGAUUCCAAAUUGCUGCAUGUUGAUGUGUGAGAUUGAACAUUAAGCAGCCUGCUUGUUCAGUUGAAAGGCCGCAGAGACCGCCUGGAGGCACAGCGUUUUUACUGCAGCGCAACGACUUGGAGCUGCUGCGUGUUUCAGUGCAUCUGUUUAUCCCACGGCAUCACACUGCCAAAGGCAACAAAAUGAGCCCCUUGACAAUGACAGAGAUUUUCCCUGUGUCUGGGCUGAUGCAGUGCUCACACCUUCCACUACCGCUCCGAGAUAGAAGUCUGCAGUAACACUGCUGGAGCGUGUUGUGUGACAUGGCUGGCAGGUUCUGGAGCUAGCUACCCAAUCUCACCAGAUAUAACUGUACCUUUUGAAGAGGCUGUGGCUUUCCCACAAAGCUCAUAAGUUUUAGUAAAUACUUUCCAUUCUUUUAACUUUUUUAACUUGACUUUUUAUUGGAAUUAAUAUAGAAAGGACAGUAUAAAACAUAGGUUGUCUUUGCAACGUAGGAAGUCAUUUGUGAAGAAAAAAAGACAUAUAUAUAUAUAUAUAUAUAUAUAUAUAUAUAUAUAUAUACUGUAUAUAUAAAUGACUGCUCGUUUUUUGCAAUAGGAUUAUAGUGUCCCAUAUUAAAGCGGAUAUAUAGAUUUCUUAUAGAUAAUGUUCUGAAUGUCGAGAUCGUUCAUAUUCAAGUGAUCUUUAGCAGUUGUUAAUGAUGAUAGAAUGUGUGCACCGACACAGUAUGGUCAGUGUCAUUAUUGCCCUUAGUUUACAUACCUGGACAAUGAGUGAUGAACAGCUAGGAAUCAGAAACGGUCAGGAAUGUACAGAAUUAUCCCAGUCCACUAUUUACAGACAGCCUCCAUCACAAAAUAAUAAAUGUGUCUGCACAAAGAUAGAAAGUGCUUUUUUAUUUGUAUGUUUCCAUCUCACUGCAAUCCACAUUUUAUUGUUUUAAACAGAAGGGAUUUGAAUAUAAAUUUAAAGAAUACUCUCCAGGCUAAACUGUAAAUAAUAACUAAACUUUCUCAUCUUUUGUAAUUGAAGUAAAUGUGUUUUGUUCUGAGAGAUUUGUAGUGGGAAACGUACAUACAUUCAUUUUUAUUUACAAGUAGGCGAGCCUGUGCCGUGUAAUGAGUGAAAAUGCAUGCUUAAUUUUAAUGGUGAGUGUGUCUGUUAAGAAAUGCAUUAGAGGCUGAAGAAGAAGCAUAAGACAUAUUAAUUGACAGACAGGAACUGCUGUCUCGGAGGUUGAUACAAGUAAUUUAUUACUUCAGAUAUGAAUGCCACCUCCAGUAUGUGCUUCAUUAAUUUCAAAUGUAGUUUUAAUUUCAAGCUGUUGCCCCUUGAGAAGAAUAAGGUGGCAAGUUGUGUUUGAAGAGACAUUUGCUCUCCCUCUUCUCUGUCUGUCUUUCUCAUUCUUUGCAGUAAAGAACAAAGGAGGUGGGAGGGAGAGAGAGAGGGUGGAACUUUAUUUCAUUUGGAAAACAAUGUAAAUGCAAUUGGGAAGUUGAAAUGGAAUUACAGCAACAGUUUAUGAUAUGAAGUAGUCUCGUCUGUGAUUGCUUUGUUUUUCUGAUAUGGGAAGAACAUUCUAGUGCUUUGUAUUUCUAUCAGCUGUCUGAUUUGCAAGGCAUUGCAAGAAUAACAAAUUGGAUAUCUUCAUCAUUAGCCAUGGUGUGCUGUGGUAAUAACAAUCCUCUCUCUGUUUCUCUCUCUGUUUCCUCAGCGUAUGCCCCUGAGGAUGAGAAGGAGGCUGCCCUGCUCGAUGAGGACCUGGAGGGGGAGGACUCUGCCGGUGAGGAGGAGCCUGCGGUCAAGUACAUGUGCCAAGACAAGGACUUCCUUUUCAAUGACCGGCCAGGUUUCCACGACUCCCCCGUGGCCGACUUCUCCGGCCAUGAGUUGGACAAUGAGUCUCACCUGAGUGAAUCCAGUGACCGCAUGUCAGACUUUGAGAGUGCCUCUCUCAAAAAUGAGGAGGAGGUCGCAAAGGUACCCCUUACGUCCUUGUCGCCAUCUCCCUCUGUCAUGAUGGCCACCAGCACAGCUACAGCCACGGAGGACGGCGCCACCACCGGGCCAGACAGCCUGGAGCAGAUGAAGGCCAUCUACACCAGCUUCCUGACCAACUCCUACUGGUCGUCUCUGAACCUCAACCUCACCCAGCCACCAGUGGUGGAGAAACCUCCACGCAGCCACAGCAGCAGCAGUAGUAGCAGUAGCAGCAGUUGUGGCAGCAAUGGCAAUGGUUACGACUGGCACCAGUCCGCUGUGGCCAAGACCCUCCAGCAGGUCUCUCAGAACCAGAACCGGCUCAUCCAUCCAGCAGCGGAGCAAAACAACCUAUUCAGCACCGUACAGCUCUACCGUCAGAGCACAAAGCUAUACGGCUCCAUCUUCACAGGUGCCAGUAAGUUCCACUGCAAGGACUGCAGUGCUGCCUACGACACGCUGGUGGGACUGACUGUACACAUGAAUGAGACAGGCCAUUACCGCGAUGACAACCAUGAGACAGACAGUGAGGGCACCAAGCGCUGGUCCAAGCCACGCAAACGAUCCCUCCUGGAGAUGGAAGGGAAAGAAGAUGCUCAGAAGGUCCUGAAGUGUAUGUACUGUGGACAUUCUUUUGAGUCUCUGCAGGACCUCAGUGUCCACAUGAUUAAGACAAAACACUACCAGAAAGUGCCUCUGAAGGAGCCAGUGACUCCUGUGGCAGCCAAGAUCAUCUCCUCCACCCGGAAGAGAGCCCCCAUCGAGCUCGACCUCCCCAGCUCCCCAGACUCCAACGGGGGCACCCCCAAACCCUCCCUAAAUGACCCUAAUGACCCCCUCCAGAAGGCUUCCAACCCCUACAUCACCCCAAACAACCGUUACGGCCACCAGAAUGGAGCCAGCUAUGCAUGGCAGUUCGAGUCCAGGAAGUCCCAGAUCUUGAAAUGCAUGGAAUGUGGCAGCUCCCACGAUACACUUCAGGAGCUAACAGCGCACAUGAUGGUGACCGGUCACUUCAUCAAGGUCACAAACUCUGCCAUUAAGAAAGGCAAGCCCAUCAUGGAGUCUCCCCCAACGCCUGUCCCCACCAUCUCUGCUGGUGAGGAGAAAUUCCAGUCUGUGCCACUGGCAGCCACAGCAUUCUCCCCACCUCCUCCACCCAUACCUCCUCCCUCUAGUAUUUCCCCUGCCAUGGCUGUGGAGAUUAAGAAGGAGGAGAAGGAAGUGGAAUGUAUGAAGGAAACCACUAACAGCAGCAAAGACAAGAAGACUGGAGAUGACGAGACAGAGGAGAAAUUCGAUAUCUCCUCCAAAUACUCUUACUUAACAGAGGAGGAUCUGGAGGAGAGCCCUAAGGGAGGGUUUGACAUCCUCAAGUCCUUGGAGAACACAGUGACAUCAGCCAUCAACAAAGCACAGAACGGUGCUCCCAGCUGGGGGGGCUACCCCAGCAUCCAUGCUGCAUACCAGCUGCCCAAUAUCAUGAAGCUCUCACUGGCCAACUCAGGGAAGAGCUCAGCCCUGAAGUACAUGUUCCCUGGAGGAGAGCUCCUGUCCCAAAACGCCAAAAACCAACCUCUGAUCUCCCCGCCCAGCCGUCAGACCUCUCCUCUCCCCAAAAACAACUUCCACGCCAUGGAGGAGCUGGUGAAGAAGGUGACUGAGAAAGUAGCCAAGGUGGAGGAGAAAAUGCGGGAGCCGAGUGUAAGGGUGUCCCCAAUGAGACGAACCACGCCCUCCCCCUGCAGCAGCGAGGCAGGGGAGUCAGCCAGAGGGGAGUCCCCCAAAGAGAGGAGAGGGUCUAAAACCCCUGAGAGCAUCGGAGGAGGCAGCCACAAAGACUGUAAUGGUGACACCAAUAUGAAGGAGUCGCUGGAGAAUGGGAUGGAGUCUGCUGUCAAAUCCCCCAUCUCCGCCUUGUGUGGCAGCACAGCCAUUAUUACAGACCACCCGCCAGAGCAGCCCUUCGUCAAUCCUCUAAGUGCGCUUCAGUCCGUGAUGAACGUCCACCUGGGUAAGGCAGCCAAGCCUGCUCUGCCAUCCCUGGACCCCAUGAGCAUGCUCUUCAAGAUGAGUAACAGCCUGGCAGAGAAGGCCGCUGUCGCCGCUUCCACCCCAGCUCAGACCAAAAAAAACAAUGAGCACUUGGACCGCUACUUCUACCACGUCAAUAACGACCAGCCAAUAGACCUGACCAAAGGCAAGAAUGAAAAGAGUAGCUCUCUGGGUUCAGCUGCCCUGUCGUCAUCCACGUCAACACCCUCCUCUGUCUCCCCCUCCUCCACAACCACCAUGGCCAAGGCCUCGUCUGCUGUGGCAUCAUUCAUGUCCAACUCCCCGCUGCGUGAGAAUGCCCUGUCUGACAUAUCAGACAUGCUGAGAAACCUCACAGAGAGUCAAGCCUCCAAGUCCUCCACGCCCACCAGCCUGUCGGAAAGGUCUGACAUUGAGGGUUCCACUCAAGAGGAGCUAGAGGAGAUCUCUCCAGCCCAGAAACGCAAGGGCCGGCAGUCCAACUGGAACCCCCAACACCUGCUCAUCCUACAGGCCCAGUUUGCUGCCAGCCUCCGGCAGACUGGCGAUGGGAAGUAUGUGAUGUCAGACCUGAGCCCCCAGGAGAGGAUGCACAUCUCCCGUUUCACAGGCCUCUCCAUGACCACCAUCAGCCACUGGCUGGCCAACGUCAAGUACCAGCUGAGGAGAACCGGAGGGACAAAGUUCUUAAAAAACCUGGACUCAGGCCACCCAGUGUUCUUCUGCAGCGACUGUGCUUCUCAGAUUCGUUCCCCCUCCACCUACGUCAGCCACUUGGAGUCUCACCUGGGCUUCAGACUCAGAGACCUGGCCAAACUGUCUGGAGAACAGCUUGUCAGCCAGAUCUCACGUCACACCAAAAGCCUGUCCGAAAAACUGCUCUCCAACCACUCCAACUCCAACCCUCACCUCCUCUCCCACGCCCACUCCCUGUCUCCCUCCCCUGACGAGGAUGGUAGCAGCACCUCGUAUCAGUGCAAGCUCUGCAACCGGACUUUUGCAAGCAAGCACGCGGUCAAGCUCCACCUGAGCAAGACCCAUGGGAAAUCCCCAGAGGACCACCUUAUGUAUGUGUGUGAGCUAGAGAAACAGUAG